AUGGGAAAGAAAAAGAGACCUCAAAAGACAAAGGGGCGGAAGAGUAAGGCUCGGAAUCGACAAAGUAAUAAAGUUACGGAUUCAUCGGAUGAAGGUGACGAAUCGUUUCAAGUUGACGAAUUUAGUUCGGAUGAUGACGAGGCACUGAUCAUCCACGAUGAGGAGACUCGUGCUGACCGAGCUUUACAACAAGAAACCGUAGCUGAGGAACCACAAGUUGGUGCAGUUGAAACCGAAACAGCCAAAGAAGACAGCAAGGUUGAUAAUACCGAUGGGAAAAACGAAUCGCCUGAAAGUGUUCCAAAAAGCGUCCCUGAAGCUGCUGAGGAAAAGGAGACACCGGUGACUGAAGGGGACAACAAGGUUGAGGAAACUGAAAAGACCGAAGAACAAACACCGGAAAGCGUAGCUGAAAGUGUUCUUGAAAGUAUUCUUGACAGCGCAACUCCUGUGACAGAAGAAGACAAACCAGCUGAGUCGCCUGAAGAUGUAGAUGCCACUGAAACAGAAAAAUCCAAAGCUGCUGAAGCUCCCAAGAACAUGUUUGAAAACAUUGGUCGCUUCUUUCAGAAACCAGAAGGGUCCAAACCUGAAGCAAUAAAGACGGCUGAGCGUGAGCCAGAAGCGAUUGCAAAACCUUUUGAGGAGACAGAGAAAACACCAAACGCGUCUGAAGAACAAAUCGAACUGACAGAAGCUGAUGCUCCUCCAGAAAUUGGUACAUCUGAGCCUACAACGAAUGUAACAGGGACUUCUACUGCCAGAGACUCCCAGAAUCUAUUGGAAAAUCUUGGUCGUUUCUUCCAACCGAAGCCGCAAGAAUCUGCUAGCAAGGAAGCGAAGGAUGUCACCGACAAAAACGAGGAGGAAGAUGCUGAUAUUCAUGAAACGGACGACAAGCCCGAAGCUAAAUCCGAACAGCCUGUAUCAAACGAGGAAAGUGAGCCUACAACAGAGACCUCGACCACGACCGAAGAACCCAAGAAUUUAUUGGAAAACAUUGGUCGUUUUUUCCAAAAGCCAGAAGUGUCUGCUGAUAAGGAAUUGAAGGAUGCUACUAAAAGUGACGAUAUAGAUACCGAUACCAAGGAUCAAGCUACCAAAGACCAGCCGGAACAAUCUGGAGCGAGCGAGAAAACUCCAAGCAGUGAAGCCGUCGAACGAAAGGACGACAAUAAAGAAGAUGAGAAGGGCCCGGAUUUAAUUUCCAACUUUAAGAGGCUGUUUGGUUCUGACAACGAUGGGGCCGCUGCAAAAACUGCAGCUGCUGAAACAUUAUCAGCACAAGAGCCUGGUAAAACCGAGGAAGAAACCAAAGAACCAGCUGAAGAAGAUACUGGCCCAGUGACGACGGAAAGCAAUGGCGACGACCCGUCAAAGGUCGAAAGCAAAAAGGAAGUCGCGACUCCCCGAGAGAGCGCCAUCAUGACAGGCAUCAAGAAUUUAUUUGGUGGGCAAGAUUCUUUGGAACAAGGCGAUGCUAGAAUCGAUCCUAAGGAAGAAAGCAAAGACCAAGGCGAUGAAUCGUCGACUCAGGUCGAGUCGCCCGACAAAGCAACAUCUGAUUUGGCACCAUCAAAAAAAGAGUCGCCCAUAGCCGAAAAGAGCUUGGACUCUGUUGAAAAAAAUACUGAUGUCGAAGCGCCGGCAACAGAAGAGCCUAAUGAAGCCAAGGAAGAAACCAAAGAACUAGUUGAAGAUGAUGCUAACCCAGUAAUGUCGGAAAGCAAAGCUGGCGACCCGCCAACGGCCGAAAGUAAAAAGGAAGCUGCUGCUCCUCGAGAGAGCGCCAUCAUGACAGGCAUCAAGAAACUCUUUGGUGGGCAAGAAGGCGAUGCUAAAGAUGAUGAAAAGGAAGAAAGCAACGACCAAGGCGAUGAACCAUCAACUCAGGUCGAGUCGCCCGACAAGGCAACAUCUGAAUUGGCACCAUCGGCAGAAGAAUCAGCCACAGCCGACAAGAGUGUGGAAUCUGUAGCUGAAAAUGAGAACGAGAAAAAUUCGGAUGCCGAAGUCAUCAAAACACUUCGCAAGAGUUCAAUUGUCGCAAAUUUCAAGAAUGUCUAUGAAGGCAAAGAGGCUCCAGAACGUGAAGAUCCCGUUCCAGCUGUUGAAGCUCUGGCACCAGACGAAUCGGAUGAAACCAAGGAAGAUAUGCGAGAAACAGGUGAAGAAGUGACUUCGGAAAGCCACACCAACGAAAAGCCAAACAACGAAAACACCGAAAGCAACAAGGAGGCCGCUGCACCCCGAGAGAGUGCCAUCCUCACAAAUUUCAGGAAGCUCUUUAGUGGGCAAGAUGGUUCGGAACAAGGGGUUGCUAAAGACGAUCCAAAGAAAGAAAACAGCGACACAGCCGAUGGACAAGCAACUGAAAUCGAUUCUCCCGACGAGCCAACAACAGAAUCAUCGGCAUCGCCAACAGAAGAAUCAGCCACAGCCGAUAAGGUAGUGGAUUCUAUGGCUGAAAAUGAAGGAGAGAAAAAGGCAGAUGCUGAAGUCAUCAAGACGCUUCGUAAGAGUUCAAUUGUCGCCAAUUUCAAGAAUGUCUUCGAAGGGCAAGAGGCUCCAAAACAAGAUAGUUCCUCUGACGAUUCGAAUGAGCAACACAAUGAGUUGGCGGCAACCCACGACAAGCGCAAAAAAAGCGAUGCAGAAAUCCAAGACGACGAAAAAAUAGGUGCAGAGAUUGACCAGGGAGCUAAAACGGUUCGAAAAAUGUCGAAAGUCUCAAGUAUAAAGCAUCUCUUUGAGUCUCCCAAACCAGCAGAGAAACCGAAAAUGGCAGGUGGCAAGCAUCUCUUCGAGUCUCCAAAACAAGACAAAGUGCCUGUUGCUGCAAUUGAUAUUCCAGUAGAUGGAACGUACAAGAGCGCCGAAAGAAAAGCUUCAGAGGUCAAGGGCGACGAAAAGCCGGACAAAGAGAGCGACCCGGGAGUUAAAGCUGUUCGUAAAAUGUCGAAAGUCUCGAGUGUGAAGCAUCUAUUUGAGUCUCCAAAACCGGAGAAAGACUCGGUUGCUUCGCGGAUAAUUAAAUCACCAGCUGCCACCGGAAUUAGCCGUGAUCGAAAUGCUGCCGAGGUCAGGAGGAAUGAAAAGACCGAUGAAGAAAGCGACCAUGGAACUAAAUCAGUGCGUAAAAUCUCGAAAGUAUCAAGCAUCAAACAUCUCUUUGAAGGCAAAGAUGCGCCGAAACAGGAUGAAGUUGCGAUAGAGUCGACGAAAGCAAAUGGUCAAAUUGUAGUGGGCGGUGAAUCAUCCAAGGGUGACGAUACGGCGGAACAGUCGCAAGUCGAGUUGGAAGUAUCGCCAGAAGAGCCAGCCGCGGUAUACACUCUCGAUGAAUAUGUUUCAGAUUUGAAAGAAGACCACAAGCCUGAAACUGAAGCUGUUGAGCCUCGCGAGAGUGUUAUCAUUACAAAUUUCAAGAAGUUCUUUGCAGGGCAAGAUACUUCGAAACAUCACGCCGCCACUCCUGAUCCGAAGGAUGCACCUGAUGACCAAGUUGCAGACGCUGAUGGUGUUGAACCAUCAGGUACGGACGAUGUAGUUGAUUACUCGAAAGUCCAUUCGCUUGAAGAGACUGCAACAGAAAGCGACAAUCUUGUACUAAACAAAGGAAGUCCAGCAGAAGUUGAAGGCGAAAAACAUACGGAAACAGCAGCACCUCGUAAAAGCAUGCUGCUAUCCAGUUUCAAUGUGCUUUUCGGAGGGCAAGCAGAUGAUGGCAGUUCGAGACCCAGCGAACAUGACGAUGAUUUAUCAGCAUUGAUUGAUAAUCUAGAUUCAACCAAGAGCAUGGACAAGGAUGAAGCGAAACAACAGCUGCGUGGAGCUGUUGCGACUGGUAUGGCCGCAAACAUGUUGCAAAAUCCGGAUAAAGAGGAAGAAAAACCGACUGGUGCAAAGCAGCUUCGUGGUGCAGUUUCGACUGUUAUGGCCGCAAACAUGCUUCAAGAUCCGGAUAAAGAGGAAGAAAAACGGACUGGUGCAGCUCAACUCCGUGGGGCAGUUUCAACUGUUAUGGCCGCAAAUAUGCUACAAGAUCCGGAUAAAGAGAAAGAAAUUCCACUACCAUCACCGACGCAAAAGCUUCGUGGAGCAGUCACGACUGUCGUAGCCGCAAACAUGUUGCAAGAUCCGGAAAAAGAGAAAGAAAUAUCACCGCCAUCACCAACCCAAAAGCUUCGUGGAGCAGUCACGACUGUCCUGGCUUCAAAUAGCCUUACGUCUCACAGUCCUGAACUAGAGAGCGAAGAAGGAAAGGUCAAGGCGCCGACCAAUGCAAAUGAAGCCACUUUUGACCAGUCUGCACGGUCAGAAGAUAGUGGUCUACUAUCGAAUUUAAAGAGACUCUCGGAAAAACUCUAUACACCAAGUCCCGCUACCCAAUCGAGAAAGCUCGAAAUGGAGAAACAAGAGAAGUUGAAGCUCCUAGCCGAACACCUUAGUCUGGACGAAGAUGAAACCCAAGAGACACUGAUUCGCGACUCCGUAUUUGAUAGGAAUGUUCGAUUCCUUGAACCAGGCAUUGAAGAGGAUGAUGCUGAAGAAUCUAAUUCAGACUCAGUCUCGAGCUCGGAAUCAAGCGAAAGUGAUGAAGAAGAGUAUACAAACGAGGAGAUGUACGAGCAGUUACAGCAAGCAACGAACGAGAACAUGGAAAUGGCGGAAGUUUUGGAUGCAUUGGAAGAGUCGCACCGAGCCAUCGAGGUUCUUCAAAACGAGAACAAGAAAUUAGAAGAGGAAUCGCUCAGGAUGCAGCUCACGCUGGAGGAGGCUAUCGACACCAAUCUUGUGUUGGAACAACAAAUCGCAAAAGGAGCUGCAGCUUCUGAUGCGAGUGGAAACUCUGAAAGCGCAAAGCUAACUGCGACGAUCGAAGAAUUGAGGGCCGAGCUAAAUGAUCUCUAUGAUCAGAACGAAAAUCUUGUGUCUCAACUUAGCGAGAUCCAGCGGAAGGCGAUCGAUUCUAAGUCGACAAUGGAAACCUUUGGAACUCCUACCAAACUUCCCGACGAGUUCCUACGCACGCCACAAGCCCAAACCGACAGCAGCAUGGAUGUAGUUGUGGAAACCUUUGGCACCCCAACCAAACUUUCUGAAGAGUUCUUACGGAAGCCACAAGCCGAGAAUACACAUCUUGUGGAAGCCGCCAAUGGGGAAUUAGCGACAUUGCUGGCUGCGGAGAAGAGUGAAAAAGAGGCUUUACAACGUCAGCUCACCGCAAUGGAAUCGCAAUUGCAAGAGGACAGCAACAAGCUUUUGGAGCAGCUGAAUGCUGGUAAAGAUAGAAACGAGGCGUUGAAGGCCGAAGUUGCUGCUUUGGAUUUGAAGCAGGCUACGCUGUCUCAAACGUUGGAAGAACUUGCUGCAGCAAAGAAUCAAAACGAAGAGCUCAAAAAGAAAGCACAAGAGGUUGAAAGCAAGCAGCUAGAAGAGAACAAGAAGCUCUCCAAGGUCGUUGAAGAAAAAGAAAUUGAAAUAUCCAAGCUCCAAAAUGAAUUGAGUGAUUUAAAUGAAGUGAAGGCGGCUAUGGAUGAGCCCCAACCUAGGUCGUCGAAUCGAAGACCAAGUGAAUUUGAAAUGACAGCGCUCCAAGUGCAGAAAAAUAGGGCUUCAUCAGAAAAGGAAAAGCUCGAGGAGACUCUCAUGUCCGUUCUGGAGGAAAAGGACGAGCUGGAAGCAUCAGUUGAAUCGCUCGGGCGUGAGAAGCGAAAGUUGGAAAUGAGUGCUGCCAGCUUCAAGGGCAAGCAUGAAAAAUCGAACCAAAAAGUCGAAAGUUUGGAGGCAGAGCUAUCUGAAGCCGAAGAGAAAAUUGAGCAACUGGGCGCCAAAUCCAAACAGCAGAGCGCAGAAUUGGCUGAACUCGUCGAAAAGAUAUCAGAGCUUGAAAGUUCUCUCACUGAACUCAAGGAAGAAAAUACGUCUCUUGAGGCCACCCUUCAAAGUACCGCCGAUUCCCUGAAGUCUGAAAAGGAGACUACCGAGAAGACCAUUGCAGAUCUGACCGCUCAAGCUAAUUCGAAAGCAGAAGAAAACAAGGGAUUGGAAGAAAAGCUGAAAACCACCGAAGAAUCUCAUUCUGUCGAGAAGAAGAGCUUGGAAGAUACCGUUGCCAAGAUGAAAGACCAAAUAGAUGUGCAGAUGGAGGAGAACAAUUCUCUUCGUAUCAACCUUGAGCAGAGUGUUGCGGAUCUUACUUCUCAAGUAACUUCGCAAGCGGAAGAGAAGAAGGCAUUGGAAGAGAAGUUGAAGGCGACCGAAGAAUCGCACGCUAUCGAGAAAAAGAGUUUGGAAGAUGGCAUUGUUACAAUGAAAGGCCAAACAGAUGCGCAGAUGGAAGAGAAUAAAUCACUCAAUAACAACCUUGAACAGAAAAUUGCGGAUCUAACUUCUCAACUUGCGUCGCAGGCGGAAGAAACGAAAUCGUUGGAAGAAAAGCUAAAGUCGACUGAAGAAUCUCACGCUGCUGAGAAGAAGGCCUUGGAGGACACCAUUGCUGAGAUGAAAGACCUAACAGAAGCGCAGUUGGAAGAGAACAAUGCUCUUCACAAAAAGCUUGAGGAAGCUUUGGCAACCGAGAUCGAACUUGCUUCCGUCAAAAAGGCGGAUGAGGAGAAGGCACAAAAAAUUGCGGAAUUGAGUUCGGAGAUCGAUGUGGUUUCUGCUGACAGGACCAAGUUGCGAAGCGAAGUUGAUCAACUCUCAUCCGAAAAGAAAAACUUAGAACAACAGUGCACUGGCCUUGUCGUCGAGCGCGAUGCUCUGACCGCCAGCUUGAAAGGAAAAGAAAAGGAACUGAAAGCUGCUGCUGGAAUUGUCGGAAACAAGGAGAAUACGAAGACCAAGGCCGCGACUGGUUCUGCUCCGAAGAAGGUGCUCAAGGAAGUUGAAAAUCCAGUAUCUGCUACAAAAGAGCCAACGGUGCACAAGCAGAGAAGCAAAGUGGAUUCUAACGCAAAAUCGGCUCCAUCACCUGCCAAGACGAAAGCCAAGAAUGAGCAGGCAAUCGCAAAAAAGCAAGCUCCUGCUUCUCCUGGAAUGACUGCCGAAGACGAUGAACCAGUCGAAGAAAACCUCAACUCCAAGAAACGAGGAUACGUUAAGCGGGCCUUGAACAACAAGUAUUCAAUCUCAACAGAAGACAAGAUCCAACAACGCAAACAGCGCAAGAAGAAUCGUGAAAACUUCAAGGGAAUGAAGAAACUCUUUCUAGGAAGCACCAAGAAACCCGUUCAUGAUGCUUAA